GGCAGGCACAACUUCUCAAAGUCACAACAACAAAGGCAAAGGGACGACAGAAUCCAGUUUGAGCUUGAACUUGAAGACAAAACACAUGCAUCUAUCUGCUCAUUACUCAUGGGAUUGAUGUUUUGUAACUGUUGAUUUUGGCUACAGAAAAAAGGAAAAUUCUGCAAACUCCUUUGGACAGCAUUUUCUCCUCAUUACUGAGCCAUGGGAAACACAAUGAAGACAUAACACAGGUGUACAACAACUAUCCAGAGGAUUUAGGGGCAGCUCUAUACCGAGAGCCAUUUGACUUCAACGCCGAGCCACCUUGGGAUCCUAGCUGAUAGUGGACAAGUUCAUCCCAGGACUUAUCCAUUUUGUUGCAAAAGUCUAGGACCCCAGGGGCUCGAGAGCAAACAAGCAAGACCACUACAGAUUAGCCACAUUCUUUAUGCCUGUCGGAUUAGAGGAAAACGGUUGAGAGGAUGAAGGGAAUCGCUGAUGAACCACAGUAUUCUGUUGGCCUAUUGGAGGGAGGCACAGCACUUUGUGACGUAAUUGACAACCACAUUUAUGAACAAACUCUGUCUGAGAAGAAUGCAUUCUUUGUGGCAGACCUGGGAGUCAUUAUGAGGCAGCAUGUUCGCUGGCGAACACACAUGGCUCACAUUCGACCCUACUAUACUGUCAGAUGCAACAGCAGUCCAGCUGUUAUUGAAGUUCUUGCUGCUCUUGGCACUGGAUUCAUAUGCACCAACAAGUCUGAGCUUGAACUGGUGCAGAGCCAUGGUAUUCCCUCUGAAGAUAUCAUCUACGGUGGUGUUUGCAAACAAGUCUCUCAGAUUAAAUACGCUGCUAAGAACGGCAUUGACCUUCUGGUGUGUGAUAAUGAAGCGGAGCUACGCAAGAUUUCUCGCUGCCACCCCAAUGCCAAGCUGCUGCUGCAGGUGUCAACAGAGGCAUCUAGCCCAGAUGAUGAGAUAAGCAUGACAUUUGGCUGUUCCCUUAAGGACUGCAGGCAUCUGUUGGAGAGUGCUAAGGAACUGGGUGUGCAGGUAGUAGGGGUCAGGUGUCACAUUUCCAGCUCCUGUGAAGAUGACCAGGUGUAUGUUCAUGCCAUCUCUGAUGCCCGCUGUGUCUUUGAUAUGGCAGAGGAAAUUGGCUUCAACAUGAAAAUCCUGGACAUUGGAGGCGGCUUCAGUGGCUCUGAGACCCAGCUGGAACUUAUUAAUAGUGCAGUCAUGUCUAUGAUGGACCUAUACUUCCCUCUUUCUACUGGGGUUUCCAUCAUUGCGGAACCUGGCAGCUUCUUUGUGUCCUCUGCUUUCACCCUGGCUGUUAACGUCAUUUCCAAGGAGGUGGUGGCACGAGAUCACCAGGACCAGGCACAUGAUGAUCCAUCUCCCAAUGAUGAGCCAGAGUUUCAGUACUACAUGAAUGAGGGAGUGUAUGGAUCAUUUUCCAGCAAACUCUCUGAAACACUGAUUGCUGCUCCAUCUGUUCACAAGACAUCCCAGGAUGCUCCAGUGUUCAGCAGCAGCCUGUGGGGUCCCUCUGGGGAUGACCUGGACCAGGUAGUGGAGCACUGUUUGUUACCUGAGCUCAACAUUGGAGACUGGCUCAUGUUCACCCAUGCUGGGGCCUACAGUCUGGGUCAGCCACUCUCCACCACCACUGACUCAUCCCCACCCCCUGUGUACUAUGUCAUCUCCUCUAGAGACUGGUUUGAGAUGCAGGACACUGGUGUCACCCAUGAGGCUACACUAAAGAACUUCGCAUUGGUCCCUUAUUUCCUCAAUUCCUGCCAAACAGAGGCUGCACUCUCUGUCCCAGCUUAGCAGACAUCAGGCCAGGAAGGCUUUAACUUCCCUUACUGGUUUCAGCUACUAGCUUUCCUCUGUUCUACAUUCCGCUGAGAUGAACAGAACUAACAGUGCAGAUAGUGCUUGAAAUUUCUGGGACCAGAUUGAAUUCAUCUCACAAACCCCAAUGUACAGUGUAAUAUGUGGUUAGACCUGGAAAACCCAAGUAGAUAUUUAUUAGUGUGCAACAAAAUGGAUGACUCCAAAAGACAAAUGCAUUCUUCCCUUUGCAUUGGGCAUCCCAUAGCACUACAGUUUACUCUCAUACAGUAGACAUAUAAUGAUUUUAAAUAAUUAUAUUUGACAGAUUUAUUAUCUAUAUCUCCACUGCUGUUGCCAGUCUUUAUGAGUAAGAUAUGUAUCCCAGAGUGAAGCAUUGUAUUUAAUCAGAAACAGAGUUCUGAGACCUCAUGAGGUGCUUUGCCUCAAGAUGUGUUUUCAUGAUUUUAAUUGGUUGUAUAGUUUAUUUUGUGUGAUAAAAACUUGAUUCCACUAUUACCUUUAAAAUUUGUUUUCCGUAUCAGUGUUUUAAACUGGAGGCUUGCAGCACUGUACUUGCUGCACAUAUGAAUGUGCAUUCACUCAUCUUUUUGAUGCAGUAAAUGAAGCCAAUGUGAUCAAUGUGCAGUGUCACCACUCCUGGAAAAAAUUGUGUGUCUGCUCUGGUGUGGUUGGAAAGCUAAUGGCAGUGUAAACUGGGAAUUCAGUAAGGUGCUAAAUAGCUUGCUCCCAAACUAGUGAAGGACCAGCAGGUGACUGCUAUGCUGCAACAUAGCAAAGCAGGUUUAUCAAACAGCAUGUGCUGCAGAUGGAACAAGGGAAGUGUUGAUGGAUAACAGAUCAGCUGACAUGAAAUGCAUUUUUUUUUGUAAAGAAAGCAUCAUUUAAAAGCUAGAAGCUUUACUCUCUUGCCAUUUUUGUUGUAUUUGUUCAAGAAUAUAUUUCAACAUUUAUGACUGUUUAAAGAAUUUUACAUUGUCUGACUCUGCAAGUAUACUUGCAAAGUGUGUAUCAUACCUGUGAGCUUGUCUUCCAAUCUGUGUGUAAGGCAUGAUGAAUUAUCAGGGCAUUUGCCUGUUAUUAACUAGUAGCUGUGCUUGUCAACAUGAACAGUAAUAAACACCUCAUUGACUGGACUGUGAA